AUGUGUAAAGUGGGGUGUCGAUUGCCCCGGCUAUGCUUAAGUAUUGAAGUGGUCCUACGAAAUACAAGAGUGCUCCGCACACGCCUCCCAGUUUCGUUGAUUCUAUUGACAGCUCGCCCAACUGGUUUCAAUAAGAUGUUCGGAACGUCUCGCGAGCUAUCUUUGAUAUCCCGCCCAAGAGGCAAGCAGCGAUUGAAACGCCAAACAAACAAUGCUCUGCUACUUCAUGAGCCCCGUGAUAAAAAUUUUCUGCUUUUCAAUCAUUACUUUUCACUCGUCUGCCCAAUCAGCUCAUUAUUCGACUCCGGACAGAACCCUUUCCGAUCUUACGUAUCAGAAAUGAUGGCCAGCUCACGCUUGCUAUUUCUUUGCGUCAUGAAUAUGUCUGCCUCUGACUUCCGCAAGAACGAUGGCAGCUCAAUCGCGCCCUUGAGCUUUCAGACCGAGGCAAUCUCCGAGAUCUCAGAAGAACCAUGUAAAAUCACAAACCCGACCAUUGUCACCUUCGACAAGCCAAAUAAUGGUCCGUCGAUCAUUUUGUCGACAUCACUAUACCCCGUGGAGGAUGAAGUGUUGUUAGGCAUCAUUCUACUUGGCAUAACUUCGAGUUGGUAUGAUCCUUCAUCUCUUGACUUAUCACACAUCGACGGGUCGCGAUUGCUCUUUCAAUCCUGGGCUAAAGACCAAGGACUGGACUGCCCUUCGGAAUCACGCAUCAUGACGCGAAUUCAAGCAUUCCUCGUGCCGUCGAUGGUGUACUGCGAAGUGCUGUCGCUUGCUUAUCUUGAUACAUUCCUUGAAAACGCUGUGUUUCCCUCUUCAUUCGUCUGUCCCUGGACCGGUGUUGAAACUUCAGUGUUCAGCUGUUUAGGUAGAAUAGGUUCACCGAUCCGGAGGAAAAGAUCUCUCGUCCGGACUACUCUUCAAGACGAGAGCGGAAUCAGUCAAGGGAUGGCGUAUAUGAACUCUCUCAAUGAGGCUUCUUUGUGGGAAAAUCAAAUGCACAGAGGGCAGCUUCCCAAGCUUUCAUCCAUCGAGGAUACUGGCGAUAUCAAAGCUCUGCUAAUUCACUUCCGUCAGCUUGCUCACUGCUACCAGUUGGGUGGCUGCCUGGAACCGUACUGCGCUUUUCCAGAGCUGGCUAGGGCUCGUUUGGAAUCAGACCCAGCAGCCCGCCUACCUUGUGAUGGGAUAGACAAGCAGUCACAGCUGUUGCUAGGGAUCGCUUUGGAUAUCCUGAAUACUCUCGAAACCAUACCGGAUGACUGUCGGACAAUAGCAACGUGGACGCUGGUGUUGAUUAUCGCCGGCUCGGUCCUGGGCAAAAUCAAGGCAGUGGAUGAGCGCCAGUUCAUGUCAGAGCAGUACACUUUUAAUCGCAAUAUCGAGCGAUGGGGGAAAUUUGUGCUCCAGAGCUUGUCCCGGAUCUACCAAAUCAUCGGGCUUCGCACAAUUCAGCGCGCCAUUACUCUCCUAGUCGAGGUAAGGUCGCACAUAGACUUUGGGACAGCGCCGGGAGACCAGACAGAAUAA